UUCUGAAGAUACGAAUAAUACAAUUUAUAAAUCCAAUGAUCCAGAAGUUUUAAGUCCAGACAAAGAUGGAGUUGAAAAUAAUAAUCAACCCGUUACGCAAAACAAUGAUAACCAGAGACAUACAUGUACUUCGAAACAGAAAUUGCAUUCUUAUUAUCGUCAUUAUGUUUAUCAUUUAGCUUUUCUUGUUAUUUUACUUCCCUCACUUAUUUUCAUAGUAUUUACAAUAAUUGAAAUAAUUUAUUCUGCAUAUUAUGAAGUUGAAAUUACGGAACUAAAAGUUUUAGAAGAACGUGUCGAAGUAUUAGAAAAACGGGUCGAAGUAUUAGUACCUAAUGAAUCUAGAGCAUCAAAACCUAAUGAAUCUCAAGAAUCUAAUUCUUCACAACCUAAAGCCAAAUGCAAGCAAUUUUUUGUAGAUUUACAUAAUAAUACUACAAAUAGAAGGAUGUUGGUUUAUCUUACAUGUGUAGCUAUUUAUGUCACAUUAACUGAAAAAUUAGAAGAAAAAGUUUUUCUUUUACUGGAAAAAAAUCAAGAUCAAGAUCAAAAAGAUACGAAUUCUACUAUUUAUGAACCUAAUGAUCCAGAAGUUUCAAACUCAACAUCUUAUCAUCAUUAUGUUAAUCAUAUAGCUUAUUAUGUUGUUUUGAUUCCUUCACUUAUUUUCAUAUUAUUUACAGUAAUUGAAGUAAUUUGUGCUGCAAUUUAUGACAUUGAUGAAAUAUCAGAACUUAAAGAUUUAGAAGAACGUGUCAAAGCAUUAGAACCUAAACCUAAACCUAUAGAGUGUAACACGUCAGAGUAUGGAAAGUACAUGAAAUAUGUUGUAGGGUUUCAUGAUAGAAUUAAAAAUAGAAGAAUCAUGG